AUGGCUCAGGAGUUGGUUAAAGGCUACAGUAGAUCUACUUUGUUCCCUAGAUGUUUCUUCUCUAGAAAGAGAGGGUUAAUACAAGGUGAUGCUCUAUCCAUUUAUUUGUUUGUACUAGCUAUGAAUGUUCUCUCACUUAUGCUAGAUCAAGCCGUGUCUAAGGUUUGUUUUCAGUUUCAUGCUAAGUGCAAAAGAAUCAAUCUUACUCCUCUCAGCUUUGCUAAUAACUUGAUGAUAUUAAGCAAAGGCAGUAGAGAAUCUCUCAUAGCUAUUCAGGGAGUGAACUAUUCAGCUCGGGCGGCUGACCAGGAUAUUACUGCUAUUCGCAAAAUCACUGGUUUCAAGACUUGGCAUAUUGCAGUUAGAUACCUUUGUGUUCCUUUAGUGACCAGGAGAUUAACUGGACGUGAUUGUUUCCCAGUUACAGAAGAGAUCUUCAAUUGA